UUCGUUGGCAAAUUAAAAUGAAUCUACUACACGGUUUAUUUUUGGUGCUAUUUAUCGUUGAAUUCUUUGAACUUCAUGGAAGACAUGGCUUCUUCUCGCAAGCUCUACUUAAGGGCGAAGUGAUUGAAAACAUGUCACAGGCAAAGUUUGUAGCUGGAAUCUACGCCCCUACAAGAUAUUUGUAUGCAUUUAAAGACAAGUUAACUGAAGAAAUGCUGUCUACAUGUACCGCAUUUAUUCUGUCAAAAACGGAAAUUAUCACGAAUGCCCAUUGUGUGGCUGGCGCCCCAUAUAUUUAUGUGGUAGCUGGUACGAAAGUUGCAUUAGAAAAAAACCUAAUCAAAGUCGAAAAAGAGAGAAUUGCAUAUCAUCCUCAUUAUAAUGAAUCAAUUGUUGGUGCAUUUGAUAUUGCCAAAAUUACACUGGAAAAGCCAUUAGAGUUCAGCGAUACCGUUGGCAGUAUCAAACUCGUGGACAAAGAUUACAAAUUGAAUAACUCAUCAGAAGUGGUCACCGUAUAUGGGUAUGGUGUGUUGAACAACAUCGGACCAAAGACAUUGAGGCGUUGCGAUGCGAAGUAUAUAUCUGAUGUCAAACGGGCCGACACAUUCAAUCCAGUUCAGGCUGUGUACUUUACCACUGGUGAUUCUACAAAAGAUGGAGAAAUUAUUACACCUGGCGAUUCGGGUGGACCAGUCGUUUCAAAAACAAAUGGCAAAAUCGUGGGCAUAACUAUGGGUAUAAAUGGAACAACAGAUGGUCGCGGAGUGUUCCUCCCAAUUACGUCAUUCCUUGAUUUUAUUCAUGACCCGAAGAGCGUGAAACCACUUCCACCUUCGCUCACACCUAACGAAGCUAAAUUUAUAGCCAGUAUAACGAUACAGCCAAAAUUUCUUACUGCUUACAAUGAAGAUUAUGCCGAUACCGACGAAAACUUGCAACUCGAAUUUAAUGCAAUCAUUUUGUCGGAAACGGAGAUUUUGACCUGCGCACAUCAAGUGCACGGCGCCCCAUAUGUCUAUGUAAUAGUUAAUAAACUCACAACCAAUGCGAAAACAAUCAAAGUCACUAAAGACCAGAUAGAAAUUCAUGAGAAAUACGCAUUUCCUGGAUUGAGAUUUAACAUUGCCAAGAUUACACUUAAAGAACCGCUAGAGUUCAACGAUAACUAUUUGGAUGGCGCCAAAUGCAAAUCGGAGUUGGGCGAUCUAUUUGAUGCAAAUCAUUUGAUGUGUUACACUUUUGAUGAAAGCAUGGGAAAUCUCUGUGCGUUUGGAGGACCGAUGAUUUCGAAGAAAAAUAACAAACUCGUGGGCAUGACCGUAAUCCAUUUACCUGAUGAUCCAGUUAUUUUUCAACCAAUUGCACCGUUGCUCGAUUGGAUUCGGAAGCCAAGGGUUAAGACGAUCAGAGAGGCUGAUUGA